UUGAAGCAUGCCGGUUAGUUUUUUACCGUCCAAUCGGCACAUUUGUUCCAUGCCAUCAGCAUACUUUUACCGUUCUUUUCCGGGGCAGUGCGCACUCUUUAGCGGAAAACGAAAAUGACUUUUGAAAAAACACACUUAAAUUGUGGCAAUGACAUGGAAAAAGUGUACCGAAAGUAUGCUUUUUAGGUUCUUCUACAGAAGUACCGCUUUUUAUGUGCUGCUGGCAUCCUUUUACCGUGCCGCUGAUGUAUUUCUAGCGUUCGUUAUAAAUUAAGAAAAAAUGGCCUUUUCAAGUAGAAAAACCGUAACCAAAGGGUUAAUUUAAGAAAAACAAAUCAAGCCUAUGAGAACAGAUGAGAUUUUUCUACUAUCUAGAGUAGAAAUAGAUACAGGCCAUUUUUUCUUAACCUACAAAAGUUUGUGAACAUCUAGAGUCAAGAGUUAAUAAUCAAUUGUAUCUCAAUGGUGUUCUUCUCUCUGUUGUGUCUUCUGUGCGUUGUUUUGGCGUUCUUGUUUCGUACGAUCUUAGGUGGAAUGAUCAUGCCAAGGACAUUGUUCUUGCUUGUCGGUGCAAGCUUGGAACAUUGAAUCGCGUCUUUGGAUUAGUUCCAACUGAAGUUCGGCGUCGAAUCUAUCUUUCUUCUAUUCUUCCUGAAGUGUAUCUUGUAUGACAGUUCGUUUUCUCUUACUGUUCUUGAUUCUGUAAACAAACUUGCUUAUGUUAUUUCUCGCAAUUUUGACUAUCGUUCUUCUAGUUCUCUAUUUGUAUCUCAACUUUCUCUUCAAAAUCUCACUCUUCGUCUUAAAUACUUUAGACUUCUACAGUUUUUCAAAAUUUAUCGUCGUCUAAGUCCUGUUUCUCUAUUUUAUACUAUUCAUCAUCCUCACUACUCAUCUUUACGUCUUCAUCAUUCUAAAUAUGUUCGCAUUCCAUCUUCUGUUGAUGGUUACUCUCUGCAAACGGUGCAUUCUUCUUUUUAUUAUUCAACUAUUGCUGACUGGAAUAAUCUCCCAGAGUCAGUUAUUUGUCUUUCUUCUUUAACGUCUUUCAAAACAGCUUUAUGUCAGUAUCUCUUCCAGUGAAACAUUUGCCAGUUAAGAAUUUAUAUUUGUUCUUUUUUGCUUAACUUCUUUUUAUUUUUUUCAAAAAUUUGUUCUUUUUUUACUACUUCUAGUUCUAACCUUAGUUGUCUUACUUAUUUUAUUCUUUUUUAUUACUCUUUUUGUGUUGUUUAGUUUGAGUCAUUUAUUACAGAUCAGUGACCUUUGAUGACUCUCUCACUUUUCGUGAAUAAAAACAGUCUUAAUCUUAAUCUUUACAAAAAAUAGUAAGUUUAUACUUCUAAACUAUUUAUCGAAAGAAAACUGUAUUUUCAGAUGAUUAAACAUAAAUCAAUUGAUCCUUCGACAAUUCUUCUCUCUACUAAUUGUUGUUCUUCACCAUCAACAUCUACAUCGACUACUCCAACUACUGUCACAUACUGCCAACCAUUUUACACGAUAGAUAAUUCCACUAAUCGUACUAGUAAUACUCGUAUUCAAACUCGCCAACAACGUUUACGUCGUCAAAAAUUAGAAUCGGCAUUUGAUCAACAUUUAAAAUUUCUCUACGCACAAUUGUAUGAAUUUCAACAACAACAACGAUUGCCAUCAACAAAAGUCGUUCACAAUCAUGAUUAUGAAGAAAAAUUACAAACAUUAUUCAAUAAAUAUCAACUUGACUGUUUAAGACGAAAUGCACAUUAUAAAAUUGAAAAUGAACGAAUUAAUAAACGUUAUGAUAAUGAAAUUAAACAGUCUCAACAAGCAUAUUUAAUUAAAAAAUAUGAAGUAAAAGAAUUAUUGUUAGAUCGUUUUAAACGUAAACGAAAAUUAUUAGAACAAGAUAAACAUUCCAUCGAUAUACAUUCAAAAAAUUUUGAUUAUAAAACACGUCCAAUUAUUGAAGGAAAUAGUAUAAAUACAAAAGCAUACAAUUUCAGACAACGACAAACACAAUCUUCUACUUUAUCUUCCAUUCCAUUUUUAUUUCCGUUGACAACUGAUCAACAAGAUACAGGAAGUGGUCAUUCACCACCUUUAACGCAAGAUUCAUCCAUUACACUAGAAUUAAUGACAUUACCAACAACUUCGACUACAAAUACGUCGUUAUCAUUACUGGGAACAGUUCCGAGAAAAAAACUUGUCGGCGCAUUUAAUCUAUUUUCAUUACCAAAAUGGACUAUUAAAGAUCAAGAUUGUGAUGAUGAUUUAAAAUCAAUUAAAGCUAAAUUUUAG